CCAGAAUUAAACCUCACCAUGUUCUGCCUUUAAGGACGGCUUCGCAACAAGCUGCCAGGAUGAUAAAAACAAAAUUUUCAAGUAGGAAAAGGGAGGACUGUAAUCUCUUGGUGAGUGGAAUUGGAGAUGCAUGUGAAAACAAACAACAAAAACUCCUUUUUUUUUUCAUGAUUGCAGGGGGAGGAAGUAGACAGGAAAAAAAAAAAGCAAGUGUGGUUUUUCUUCUCCCUGUUAAGAUAACAAAUCAUGUGUGAAUGGAAGCCACUGUGAGAAAAUGGCUUCUCACAAAUCAAAGACCGGCACAAAGAUAAAUGUAACAAAGGAAUCCAGUCCAGUGGAUGAAUAUGUCACACCUGGGGGCUAUGAGCUGGAGAAAAUCCUCAACCGUGGGAGUGUGGCUUACACUCAUGUCAACGAGGUCUGGCCCAAUGUCUACAUAGGAGACGAGUGAGUAAAAAAAAAGCAUAAAAUCACUUAACUGAAUAAAAUAAAAGAGGAUUAAAUAAUAUUCACACCAGCUUCUUGCAGGGAGACUGCAAAGGACAAGUAUAAUCUGAAGAAGAUGGGGAUUACACACAUCUUGAAUGCAGCAGAAGGAACGUGGAAUAAUGUGGACACAGGAGCUGGUUACUACGGUGACAUGGACAUUGUCUACUAUGGUGUGGUAGCAGAGGACAUCACGACCUUUGACCUCAGCCAGUAUUUCUUCUCUGCUGCUAAGUUUAUAAAGACAACGCUGAGCAAUCCUCAGAGUAAGAUAAGAUACACAGUUUUAUCAUUAAAGUCCAACUCCAAUUGUUUUUUUUUAACAUUCAAGUGUUCUCAGUGGUCUUUAAAUUGUGAUUAUGAAGUUUUCACCAAAAAUCGUGUUACCUGUGUCAUUUUCAAAAGCGCUUUUCUUCUGCAGAGCUCCAGUAGAUCAUUAGUACGGUGGCUGAGAACUUCCACUGCUGCAAAUAAAAAAAAAAGAAUGCAUGAAAAAAGAAGCCACAACAGAAGUUACAGAUGCAAAAAAAAGAAACCGAAGCCUGAUGCAAAUAAAAAAGAAACAGUGCAGAAAAAAAAAUUAAAAAGCCACAAUGGAAGUUAACGACGCAAAAAAAAGUGGCGAUGGAAAAAAAAAGUUACUUACUACAAAAAUAAAAGGAUGCAAAUAAAAAAGCCACAAUGGAAAUGAGCUGCCGGGGUUCAAAAAUGAUGAUGCACCAUUGUUUCGGCCUGAGUCGCUAUGAAGUUGAACUGGAGGAUGCUGGUGUAGUGUUAGCUUCAGUUAAACUUCACAUUGACUCAGGCGCUACAUGGCCUAACCAAACGACACACUGAAAAGUUUACGAAGCGAAAUUAAACAGUAACCUUUCCACUAACUUAUUUGCUCGUCUUCUCGCUCGUCUUCUGUCCCUAGAUCGUAAAACACCAGUGCAUCAUCAUUAUUGGUCUCCGGCAGCUCACUCUCAUUGUAACUUUUAUUUGUUUGCAUCCUUUUAUUUUCGCAGUAAGUGACUUUUCUUUUUUUUCCAUGCCACUUUUCUUGCGUCGUAAACUUCCAUUGUUUUUUUUUUGUUUGUUUGUUUGUUUUUUUUGCACCGUUUCGUUUUUUAUUUGCAGCGGGCUUCAGUUUCUUUUUUUUUUCUUUUGCAUCGGCAACUUCCAUUGUGGAUCUUUCUUUGCAUUCUUUUUUUUAUUUUCAGCAGUGGCGGUUCUCAGCAAAUCGUCAUCACAUUAGCUUGCAGCCUAACAUUGCCUGUGUAGUAAAAGUGGCAGGUAACAUAGCAGCUAUUCAGCUCUUAGACACUGAUAUCUUUUGGGAAACGAUGAAAGCUUAUAUCAUAAUUAGCUUUCUUAAGCAUUGCAAUCCGCUAACGCACACACUUGUUCUGUGAUCGUCCUCAGUAUUUCUCCUCUAAAUGCAGAGUGUGGCCUGCAUAGCAGGGCUCUGGGGGCGGAGCUUGGAUUGGUUACGUAUGAAAUCUCACUGUUUUUGAACCCGUGUUUGGGUCUGCCAGAGAGUCACAGAGAUUUGAAUGAAGAAAUACUCAGAAAGCAAUUUUGCAUUUAGUUUUCUCAUAAUAUGUCCUGUAGCAUCAGAAAAAUUCCAUAUGAACAUAUAAAAAACAAGAAAAACAUGAUUUUCGUCGGAAUGGGUCUUUAAAAGGACUAAUGCUGCGUUCUAGUUACCUCGGAAGUCAGAAGUCCGAGCUGAAAAUUAAGUCACACCCAGUUACCAGCAUUUCAGUUAUCAAGUCGGAAAAAAGCAAAAUCGGAGGCAGAAACAAGAUGGCUACAUCUACCGAAGUUAUUUUAGUGCUCGCCUUGUCCGAAUGCAAGGCUAGCGCUUGCUUCAGUAUUUUCAUAAACUGUUAUUUUUUUUAGUCACUCAUCAGUCGAGAAAUGAAGAAAACAGAGUUUGUUCAAUUUUUAGCAAAAGAUGCAGCUAACAAAGAUGGAACACGGCACAGUUCAAGUUCAGAGUAUAAGGUUAGAUAUAAAACAGGCAUUUGUAGGAAGUGAAUAGAUACUGGAGAUCUGGCACAAAUACAUUUUUGUUAGCUGUGGAAAUGUGGACAUGCGACUGCUGUAGAGGAAGGUCAAACUGCGAGGAAAUUUCUCUGUUUACUGCGUCGCAUAGAAGUAACGUCAAUCACAAACACCAUUAAUAAAGCCACUGUCCUGCAACAUUCAAGUGGAGGUUUGAGAGAUUAGCCUGUGGUGAAGGAGUUAGUUACGAGUAGGAAGGCUACAGGUUUUCAAGGGUACAGUAUAUUGCAUUGAAAGCACUGACAAUGCUCUCCAACAUCCGCCUCAGCUUCAGUGUAAGGGAUGAUGAAGAAAACUGUUUUGUGCCGCUCUGCAGCCUUGAAAAUCUGAAAUUCUGAGAACCACUUUUCAGAUGUAAUUCAACCUUCCCUGUAUCGAGUUAAUAGAAAAAAAAGUAGUAGGUGCUGAGAUUCUGAGAGAUUCAACCUUAAACUUUGAUCAACAACCACAGGAGUUUUAAAUACAGAGCAUACAGAAAUGAAAAACAUUUGCGAGUACAUUUUCUGAGAAAAUGUUCAGGUUUUAUAUAAUCAUCUCCCGCCCCUGCUGUUAACAUUUUAUCACAGAGUAUCGAAUGUGAAGUUUAUGACUGAUCAAAAAUAUGUUUCUAAAAGUUUGAGAGCACCCAAUAAAAUUUGACGGCAAAAAUCCCAAAAUAUAAAGAAUUAAUGAUACUUAUUUUCAGCCAACAGUCUGACAAAAACAAGCUUGUAUCUGAGUUUUUCUUGACUGUGUCGUGUGUUUAUUUGCAGAUAAACUGCUGGUGCACUGCGUCAUGGGAAGGAGUCGAUCCGCCACGCUUUUCCUCGCUUACCUCAUGAUCUUUGAGAACAUGACUGUGGUCGACGCCAUCGAUCAUGUGAAAAAACGCAGACGGAUCAUACCCAACUGGGGGUUCCUGAAGCAGCUGAGAGAGCUGGACAUGCAGCUGCUGGAAGACAGGGGGGACUCGACGGAGCAGAGCUGACUGUGGGGCUCCAUGGAGGAAUUGAACCUCAGAUCUGUCGAGAAAUUUGGGAAAAUUCAAACAAUCUGGGACAAAUAAAGUCUCUGGUCUUGUCUGAA